AUGAAUAUAAGAACUGAUCAAUCUUCUCUUCUAGCCUUGAAAGCGCACAUCACUUCAGAUCCUAAUCACAUUCUUCCAGCAAACCGGUCUUCAUCUUCAACCUCAGUUUGUAAUUGGAUUAGAAUAACUUGUGGCUCUCGUCAUCAAAGAGUUACUGUACUGAAUGUAUCAGGUAUGGGAUUUACUGGUACCAUCCCACCACAACUUGACAACCUCUCAUUUCUUGUUUCACUUGAUCUAAGCUACAAUAAUUUCCAUGGUGUACCUCCACCAGAGAUCUCUCGUUUGCGAAAGUUGAGAGCCGUUUCAACAACUUCAAUGGAGAAAUUAGUCCGUUAUUCGGUGGUUUUAAGGACCUUGAAAUGUUCUCCGUUGAAAAUAAUAGUUUCGUCGGUUUCACCAAAGCUUCUUGGAAGUACAAGUGCUAGACAUAAUAACUUAAAACAUCCAACUUUUGAUGUGCUAUUUCUGUUUAUGAAUUUGACAGGCGCAAUUCCUGAUGAGAUCGGUCAUCUUUAUAAUUUGGAGUAUUUGCGCAUGGAACGAAAUAAAUUAACAGGCUCAAUUCCGUUAUCCAUAUUCAACAUUUCGUCACUUCAAACUUUAUAUAUGAGCAAUAACAUGCUUGAAGGACCUUUACCAAGAGAGGUUGGAAAAUUGGCUAUGCUUGACCUGCUUUAUCUCGGUUAUAAUAACCUGAAAGGUGUAAUUCCAUACGAAGUCAGUAACCUUUCAGAGUUAGAGGGCCUCUCAUUGUCUCACAAUGACUUCAAUGGGUCGAUCCCUGUUAGUAUCUUCAAUAUCUCAACUCUUGUAUAUAUUUCUCUCACAGAGAACCAUAUUUCAGGUAAUAUUCCUUCCACUAUAGGCCACGGGUUACCUAAUGUUCAAGGAAUAUUUCUAGAUGAAAACAAUAUUACUGGUGUAUUACCUAGCUUCUAA